CUCCAGAGUUUCGAGGUUCAAGCUCGUUAGCUCGCACUUUGUCAGCGCACAACACGAUGGCCCUUUCCGAAGGAUCCGCAACACGUAGUGCAGAGGCAUGCCUCGAUUGGGCACGGCGUGUGGAUCAGGUGCAGAGUAAGAGAAACCCAGAGGAGUGGGAAGCAGCGAAGCAAAGGAUCGAAUCAGCACGAGAGCGGGAAAGGCAGUCACGGAAAUGCAAGUCUGUGAAGAAUCAUGUCAUUCGUUCGAGAGCUUUGGCCGCUGAAGGAUUGAGACAGAUGUCCAUUACGCCUGCCUCGGAACAUUUGGCAGUGCAAACCAGAUGGAUGUCUGCCCAAGAAAGCUCUUCCAGAUUUGCAUCCGCACGGUGGGACAACUUCACAAGAGGUCCUGAGGCGGAUGCAGCACCCCAGUUGCUAGCCGAAGAGGAGGAGGAUGAGGCAAUGGCAGAGGUGGCAGAUCUUAUAGGAGCAGGGGAUGUUGCUGCCUUGAAUGCCUUGGGGAACGAUGGCCUUGAAGAAGGUGGUCCACAAAGCGCAGGGCGCAGCAUCGACCAGCUGCUUGCACAACUCCGGAAAGAGCCGGCCAAUGAAGAGGAAUGCGCGGCUAAGUUUAUGCUCUACGAAGGCUAUGCACGUGAAGUAGAGGAGAUGCGUGGCACCUUGCUGAAGUUCAACGAUGAGACCAGCCCAUCUUUGCCUGCGGCUGUUUCAGGGGACUUGAACAAUCAGAUCCAACGAAUCGAUUCCACGGAAGCGAUGGGCAUCCCAGAUGAUGCCAGAGAAUGGUUCGUGUACCACAUGAUGAAGAAAGCAGAGAGGAAUAACUUGAGCAUGGCGCGCAUUCUGGAAAGCUUCGAGAAGAAAUUGGCAUUUUUGGCCAAAAGUGACCAACAAGAGUGCCCUGUUUGCCUGGAGGCAUUUCAGACAGACUGUCUGACAGGUGACCGGGCACCAGAGACACUUGGUUGCUGCCACAAGGUCUGCAAAGAGUGCUGGGAAAGCUGGUCGCAGGUGAUGGGAGGGCGACCCUUUUGUCCCCUUUGCCGUCACGAUGAGUUCCUGGGAGCUAUCGCAGCGCGACUGUCCGAAGUUGCUUGAUCUCUCAAACAAAGUUGACCUUUGGACGCAUGUGUGCAAAAGCUGGAGCAGACCACUCCUUUAGAGGAAUGUACAGUCUAGAGUCUGCGUGAGGGUUCCUCCAUAGCGCUGAGCCCUGAGUGAAAA